GUGCGUUUGGUUGGGAAGAGAAAAUAAUAAAUCUAUAUAUAGUAUAUAUAAAAAAACCGAAGCAGGAAAACGCGGUUUGUGUUGCCUUGGCUCCUGGACUGUCCUUUUCUAUUCAGCAAUUCUAUUUCUUGAUCCACAAUUUAGAAACUAGACUUGUUACGAAAUAUAAUGGCGAAUCACGAGGAAUCGAAAUCUUUAUUGAGCAAUGAUGCUGAAUUGAAGGAUGAAAAGAAGUCAACGAAGCUCAAUUCUAACGCCGGCGAGUCUCCGGCGGCGAUCGGUCACGCUACUUACGGAUGGACGGUUAAUGGAUUGCCGGCUUUAGGUCAAGGUAGCGUGGUUGGGGAGCCGAUCGAUAGAGCUCAUUGGGAUUCGAGUCUCUGUGCCUGUCUCGGUCGCAACGAUCAUUUCUGCAGCAGCGAUCUUGAAGUUUGUAUUCUUGGAAGUGUGGCUCCAUGUGUUCUUUAUGGAAGCAAUGUCGAAAGGCUUGGAUCAUCUCCAGGAACUUUCACAAAUCACUGUUUGCCUUAUUCUUGUCUAUACAUGCUUGGUGAGAUACUAUUUGGUGGCAAUUGUGUCGCACCCUGGUUUUCGUAUCCUACUCGUUCAGCUAUCCGCCGAAGGUUCAACCUAGAGGGUAGCUGCGAGGCACUUAGCAGAUCGUGUGGGUGUUGCGGAAGUGUGAUUGAGGACGAGGUGCAACGAGAGCAGUGUGAAUCAGCAUGUGAUUUUGCAACCCAUGUUUUCUGCCAUCCAUGUGCCCUUUGUCAGGAAGGUCGUGAAAUUCGUCGUAGGCUUCCUCAUCCUGGUUUUAACGCUCAACCAGUGUUGGUUAUGUUACCACCUGGGGAACAGAACAUGGGUCGUAGUUAAGCAUGAUAGUAUUGAUCCUUAAAUUUCUCUCACCCUCCAACCUAGACACAUUAUGUGUGUCAGUCAAACAUUAAGUAUAUGUAAUUAUGUGGUGACCUAAAUGCUUGAGAAUCUGCACUAUGCAUCUUGAACAUUCUGUAUUCCAGCACUUAUAUGUGCUCUGAAGUGUGUGUAUUAAUGCCAUUUUGGAUUGUUGAA